CGGACUGCAGGCGGUAGACGAACAUAAACAAAAUUUAAUUCUGAAAAUCCACCUCUCAUGACAUGAUAACUCUCGGAUCGUUCACGAUGACCAGACACAUGACCUGUAACUAAUAAUGGAGCAGCAAAUAUAUUUGGGUUAGGAAAAUCUUCUUCUCGAUUUUGAGAAAAAUCUACAUCUGUGUGAGGCAACGGCAUCGCUUCAUUUUUUCGAUCUCCUUUCUUCUUUAGGUUUGGCCAUUGGCAUAGGAAACAAUCGUUUUCUUUGAUGCUUUCUUUCUCUUCCAUCUACUUUUUUUUUCAUCGAUCUUCUCCCGGCAGUAUCGAAUAAUUAAUUCAACUUGAUUUUGAUCUCAUCUUCUCCCCCAAAUCGAGUUUCGAUUGAUUUUUAUUUUCUCUCUCAAACUUUUUCUAGGGCAGCAACAAACCAAUUGAUAUUUUUGAUUACCACCCAAAUCGAGUUCCAAUUUUCAGUUCAUUGAUUCAUCACCAUUAUCAUCAGGUGACGACUGGGUCAUUUCUACUUAAAAUCAUUUUAGCAUUUUUUGGUUUUAAAUUCCAUUUUCAUGAUUAAUUCCUAUAAAACAAUAGGAAAUGCUGGAGAAGCUUACAACAUUUUAGUUGGUUUAUUAGUUAAUCCUCAACACAGAAUUAUUAUUCUGUUGAUAAAAAAGGCCUAGCUUGGUGAAUUAUAACUGAAUCGGUAGAAUUGGUAUUGUGAAAAUCACAUAUUCCAGUGGAAACUGAGGUUCGCCGACGUGCAACGCACGUGCUCACUACUUGUAGCUAAAAAGAACAUCAUGGCCGACCUAGGAAAUUACACUGUUUGUGUAACAGGAGGUGCGGGUUUUAUCGGUUCUUCUAUUGUUAAAAAGCUUCUAGACAAGGGUCAUAACGUUCGCACUACAUUAAGAAACCUAAGUGAUGAAAACAAGGUUGGCUUGUUAAAGAAACUAGAAGGAGCAGAAACGAGAUUGGAGUUAUUUCAAGCAGACAUUUAUAAACCGGAUGAAUUCGAUGUUGUAAUCAAAGGUUGUCAUUUCGUUUUUCAUGUUGCAACACCUUUGCUGCACUCCACUGAAAACUCACAUCAGUAUAAGAACACGACAGAGGCAGCAAUAGAAGGAGCCAAAAGUAUUGGAGAGUCUUGUAUACAAUCAGGCACAGUGAGGAGACUCAUCUAUACUGCUUCUGUGGUUUCUGCGUCGCCGUUAAAAGAAGACGGGUCCGGAUAUAAAGAUGUGAUAGAUGAAUCUUGUUGGACUCCCCUUGGUCAUCGUUUCCCAUAUGCUAAUGAUUUUGUGGAGGCCUACAUAGAUUCAAAGUCAUUAUCGGAGAAAGAGAUCUUGAAAUUUGGUGACAAAAACGUCAAUGGAGGAGUAGAAUUUGAGGCGGUAUCUCUAACUUGUGGACUCGUAGGAGGAGAUACCAUUCUUUCCUACUUACCUGAUAGCACAGGUAUACUUGCGUCGCAUCCUACGGUAAUUCCAAACCAUGAUCCAAAGCAUCAAACUCUCAAGUUUUUGGAUGCAGUAGUAGGCAAGGUUCCAAUUGUACACAUUGAGGACAUUGUGGACGCACAUGUCUUUUGCAUGGAACAAGCUUCUGUGAAUGGCAGAUAUUUAUGUGCAAACGGAUACGUGACGGUAAAUGAAAUCAGGGAAUAUUUCCGGCAGUACCAUCCAGACCUCACUAUAGCACGAGAACAAGAGUCUGAGGGGGAUGAAAAGUUGGAAAGAAAAAUCCAUUGGGGCUCUACAAAGCUGAAUGAUUUAGGUUUUGUUUAUAAAUGCAAUGUCAAAAGGACAUUAGAUGACAGUGUCAAGUGUGCACAGAGAUUUGGUGAUAUCAAUUAGUCAAGGGCCUUUUUUUUUUGAUGUAUCCCACCUUCUUUUGAUUGUUGUAAGAUAUACCUCCAAAUUUAACUCCACGAUGGGAUUCGUAGAAGAGAUUAUGAUGAGGUAACAAAAGGAUUGGAAUGAA